AUGGGUCGUGUGUCCAGCUUGCAUCCAGGCAUCGGCAGCAACACCGCAAGGCCCCUGGGGAUGGGCCUCUGCAAGGGCAGCGUGUUGCUUGAGCCAGGGCCAGAGCGGCGGCGGCGGCAGCAGCAACAGCAGCAGCAGCGCGAGCCGGAGCCGGGGCUGGAGCCGGAGCCGGACUCGGACUCGGACUCGGACCCGGACUCGGAAUCGGAGCCGGAAUCGGAGCCGCAGCCGCAGCCGCGGGAGGAGGACGCGCAGCCGCCGCCUCAGCACCAGCCCUGCGUGGUCAACGGCGACCCCGGGGAGAGCGCGGACGGCAGCCUCCAGGAGGAGACCCUGUAUGAUACCAUCAAGCCCCCCGCCGCCGCCGCCGGCCCCUGCAGCGACCAGCGGGCAUCCCCGCCCGGGCGGAUGGACGAGCCGGCUCCCAACGCCCUUGUCGUCCGCAUCGGCAUCCCAGACCUCCAGCAAACGAAGUGUCUGCGGCUGAACCCCGAUGUGCCCGUCUGGGCCUCCAAGCAGCGCAUCCUCUGCACCUUGAACCACAGCCUGAAGGACGUGCUGAACUACGGCCUCUUCCAGCCGGCCUUCAACGGCAGGGCUGGGAAGUUCCUGGACGAAGAGCGGCUGCUGCGGGAGUACCCCCUGAACCCGGAGACGCCGGUGCCGUACCUGGAGUUCCGCUACAAGAGGCGCGUUUACACCCAGAGCCUGCUGGACGACAAGCAGUUUGCCAAGCUGCACACCAAGGCAAAUUUGAAGAAGUUCAUGGAGUAUGUGCAGAAUCUGAAUGUGGAGAAGAUCAGCAGGUUGCUGGAGAAGGGACUGGACCCCAACUUCCAUGACCCGGACACUGGAGAAUGCCCCCUGACGCUGGCCGUCCAGCUGGAGUGCUGCGUGGAGGUGAUCAAGGCCCUGAAGAAUGGCGGGGCCCACCUGGACUUCCGCACCCGCGAAGGCAUGACGGCGCUGCACAAGGCGGUGCGCUGCCGCAACCACACGGCCAUGAUGACGCUGCUAGACCUGGGUGCCUCUACAGAUUACAAGGACAGCCGCGGGCUGACGCCCCUGUACCACAGCGCCAUGGUCGGGGGGGACCCCUACUGCUGCGAGCUGCUGCUGCACGACUACGCCAGGGUGGGCUGCCUGGACGAGAACGGCUGGCAGGAGAUCCACCAGGCCUGCCGCUAUGGUCACGUGCAGCACCUGGAGCACCUGCUGUUCUACGGGGCGGACAUGACGGCGCAGAACGCCUCGGGGAACUCGGCCCUGCACGUGUGCGCGCUCUACAACCAGGAAAGCUGUGCUCGGGUCCUCCUCUUCCGCGGGGCGAGCAAGGAGAUCCGGAACUACAACAGCCAGACGGCGUUCCAGGUGGCCAUCAUCGCGGGGAACUUUGAGCUGGCAGAAAUCAUCAAAACCCACAAAGAGUCCGACGUCGUGCCUUUCAGAGAAACCCCGAGCUACACGAAGAGGAGGCGGAUCAUCGGUGUGGGCGGCCUCUCCUCCCCCCGCCUGCUGCAGAGGUCCGCCAGCGACAACAAUUUGAAGUCCGAGAGCCGCCCGUCCUACUCCCCGGUGCCCUCGCUCCGCGGCCUGCCCCCACAGCUGCUGGCUCAGAUGCAGGGAGUGGCCGCGGGGGCGGGCCUGGGGGACAGUGGCCCCGUGAGCACGGGCAGCUCCCGGAGCACCCACAGCCGCUCCCCAUCGCUGCAGCGCGUGCAGGAAGAGAAGGAGGCCGAUGCCCACACGUUCCGCAGGAGCAGCCGCGGGAAGGCCAGGAAGGGGCUGCCGGUGCUGCUGCAGUGGGGUGGGGGCCUCCAGCGAGGCCCCCGUGUCACCACCAAUUCGAAGCACGCUUGCGCCGUCCGCACUGCCAGCCCCGUCCUGGGAAUGGCUACCAGGCGCGGCAGCUCCGGCAGAGUGUCCGUGGCUGGUGCAGGAGGCUGGGAAGCUCCGGCUCACGUCCUGCAGGAGAGCUUCAUAAACCGCGCGAUCAAAUGUGGCCUGGCGACUCUCGGUGUUCGCCUCUUUGCGAUUUCCAGCCACCGCUUGCAGCCGCACACCAAUGCACGAGCGUGGUGUGCUCACACGGCUGAGCAGGCCUUUCCUCACCGCAUUGUCGUGACGGGUCCGGCGUCCAUAGGUCCUUCUUGGGGCCUUCCUUGGGGGCCGCUUUAUGGCACAGACUUGGCAGCUAUGUUCCAAAUGCACGACGAAUGGGUGGCUGGAGUCGGCUGGAGCCGGGCGGCCUGCGCUUCGGAAGGACCCGACUGUGCUAUGCGCGUCUUGCGGACCGCCGUGCCUCCUGCUGCACUGGCGAGCCGGGUCGCGGAUGUGGGAAUCGGGCCCGUGGCUGCCACAGGAGCUGGGCGUGGAGCAGCCCCGCCAGAGCCCGCGGGUGCCCUGCGGGCGAGCCGUGGGGAGCAGGGGCCGGGCCGGGUGACUUAA